GAGGGGUGGGACCCUAUAAGAGCGACUGACUCCAGCCUCAACGUAGAAAGAAAAGCCGCGCUCAGAUCCGAGGGAGGGAAACGUACGCUGACGAAACCUACAACCUGCAACCCAGGGACCCCUACAGGCACCUAUAAGCUCACGCCAACACAGCCGUCAGUGGGACUAUGAAGACUCUGGUGGCUCUGCUGCUGCUCUGUCUGUGUGAUCCUGGACAGAGUGACUGCCAGACUGACUGCCUGUCCUGCAGCAACAUCCUGCCAAAACAGCUCAGUUUCAACACCAUGGUGUGUCUCAUUGAAUGUGAAGGCAGCAUCUCUCCAGCCUUCUCCUGGGACCUCUGUCAGGUGCUGUCAUCUCCAGGGUCCUCCCUCAGUGGUAUGCUGCGGAAAAGAUCUCAGGAGGAGGUGGAGGCCCUGUUUCCUGAGGAGGAGGAGCAGGUGGAGGGAGGUCUGUUUCUGCCCGUAGCAUUGCAAAGGUUCGAUCAGGUGACCAAGGCACUCGGGGUGGAUGAGAGGGAUCUGGGCGGCAAAGGCAGCCAGCCGAACGCUGCCUACAAUUCCCAGAAUGCCAUGUCCCUCGAGGAUGAGUAUGAAGAGGAAGAAGGGCAGGAAGAAGGGAAUGCUGACAUGGCAGCGAGAGGAAAGAGUGAUGUAGGGUUGAGCUUCUCCAAGAGAUUCGGUGGCUUCGUCAAAGGGAGGCACGGCUACAGAAAGCUGAUGACCCCGGGAAGAUCGUACCAGAAGAGAUAUGGUGGCUUCAUCGGCAUCCGGAAGUCGGCCCGCAAGUGGAACAACCAAAAACGUUUCAGCGAGUUUCUGAAGCAGUAUCUGGGCAUGAGCAGCCGGGCCACUGAGUUCAACAGUGUGUCAGAGGACCUCACCCAACAGAAUGAAAUUUAGCAGAGUGCACCUUUAAGCCAACAACAUAAAACAGAUGUAUUUUCACCAAUCUUGUUUUGUAUUUUACUCACCAAUGGGUCAAACUCUAACUGGCGCUGCCAAAGUCGACCUAUUAAAAUUAAGUUAUUUACCAAAAAGCGAAGAUUCCAGUGGAGUAAUUAGAAACACUGGGUCCCCCUGAAACUCGCAUUCACUUCACAUGGCUGUACCAGUUAAACAACCAUGUUUGAUUUGAUCAUAGCUGCACUUUAUGAGAUUUGAAGAAAGCUACCUAAGUGGGAAUCCUGGUGUGUUUUACAGCAAAAUAAAGGAUUUAUUUCAAUGUUUAGUGUAAUCUACGAGAUAAGUCAUCAAUAAAAAGAUCCCCUGUAUCGUUCAGUAGCUUUACUUUACAUAAUCAUGUCUGUGCUGGGUCAUGUGUAAAAAGUGCCAAAUUUUCUAACAUGGAGGCCUCUGGCUGUGUGUGUGUGUGUGUGGGGGGGUCGGGUCCUUGAAAAAUGUGCAAGAACCUCCAUUACUAAAUUUACCAGGAAAUCCACCAGGAAAAAAACAAAUACCGGUGUUUUUAAUGUUUUGGCAUUUUGGUUAGGCAAUGUCAGAAGUAAUAUAAAGUAUAAUGUAUGUGAUUUGUGUUAAACAAAUGAAAACAUGCAAAAACACACUGAUUUAUCACUGUGCCAAAAAACAUGUCUCCUGGGGCAGGUUUAAGUAAAAGAGACCUCCCACAGUUUGGUGCAAUGAUGGACGGACACACUACACAACAUGCAUUAUACAGUAAACUACUAAUCUGUCUGCCAAACCGACGAUAUGUACAAGUGGGCAUCAUCUCUGACUGGCUCCUGUGUCCAGACGCCAAAUUCAUGUAUGUAAAAACAGUAUUUGAUAUUUUCUGUUAACUGUAACGGUGUGUGAAAUGUUUUUGUUGCCCAU